UUCGCAGACAGUAGAAGUGAUUAUUAUUUUAUUCAGAAUAUUUUCUGUAACUCACUGACAGCUGAAAAUUAUUAUCGUUUUGUUUUUAGCCUGAAGAUAACUUAAUAAAAAGUCUUUCCCGCUCACUAUAUAUAAUUGGGCAAAAGUUUAAUAGUGGAUUGCUAUUACUUAGCUUAGCUUAGCUUAGCUGAGUGGAUGUUAUCGAAAUGUGAGCGUUUGUUUUGAAAAGUUGUGGCAAAUAAAACCUGACAGUAAAUAUUUCUAUGCGUUAAAACGUGACUGUAAAUGUUUCUAUACGUUAAAACCUGACAUUAAAUGUUUCUAUAUAUUAAAACCUAACAGUAAAUGUUUCUAUACAUUUAAACCUGACAGUAAAUAUUUAUACGUUAAAACCUGACUGUAAAUAUUUCUAUACGUUAAAACCUGACAUUAAAUAUUUCUAUGCGUUAAAACGUGACUAAAUGUUUCUAUACGUUAAAACCUGACAUUAAAUGUUUCUAUAUAUUAAAACCUGACUGUAAAUGUUUCUAUACGUUAAAACAUGACUGUAAAGGUAACCUUGCUCUCAUUUCAUGGUGGGGUUCAAUAUUUUUGUAAUAAAUGAUACUAUUUAAGAGUAAACUGAUAUAGGGCAGGAUAACAAAAGUCUGGCUGAAAUUUACAUUUGGUCAGUAGCACUUUGUCCUGUGAUAAUGACUAGUUUAAAAUAAGAUUUAUUUUACGUCUCUCAUGGUGCCAGGUUUACUUGCUCUUUAUUAGACAUGCGGACCUUCCACAGAGCAUUAGUCUUUGCCCUCAUAGCAGUAAAUAUCCUUUCACCUAUUUAUAUGCUUGAUUUUUGCCAAAGUAGUGACCUAGACUGUCACAACCAUGACAUGUCAUCAGACAUACAGCCAUCCGCACACACCUAUAAAUCCAGAUGGAACAUUAGUGUCACAAACCUGAUGAAGGACUUGGACCACUUCAGAGUAUCAUCCAAAAAGCUCAUAGAAACAUUCCCAGUUGAUGAGAUUAGUGGCAACUUUGUCCGCACUGUGAAAAACUGCAUAUUUUCCAAAUCCAUUCCAACCCCACUGAAAGGCCCGUUAAAGCUGGCAGCACUUUCUAAGGUUGUCAUAGAGGAGAUAUUAGAUUUAGACAUGGCUGUAACACACUCCAGUGACUUUCUGCAGUUUAUCAGUGGUGGCAGGCUGCUACCAGGAUCUGUCCCUCUGGCACACAGAUAUGGAGGUCAUCAGUUUGGCUUCUGGGCGGGUCAGCUGGGUGAUGGUCGAGCGCAUUCCCUUGGUCAGUAUAAAAACAGGAAAGGAGACGUGUGGGAACUGCAGCUUAAAGGCUCUGGGAAAACACCAUUUUCAAGGUCAGGAGAUGGUCGAGCUGUGAUCCGCUCAUCUGUCAGAGAGUUUCUGUGCAGCGAGGCCAUGCAUUCCUUAGGGAUUCCCACAAGCAGGGCUGCCAGUCUAAUUGUAAGUGAGGAACCAGUGCUGAGGGACCAGUUCUACAACGGCAACGUGAAGACGGAAAGAGGAGCUGUUGUUCUUCGUUUAGCUAAGUCAUGGUUUCGGAUUGGAUCAUUAGAAAUUUUGGCUGAAAGUGGAGAGAUAGAUCUUCUAAGAAAACUACUGGAUUUUGUGAUUAAUGAACAUUUCCCUUCAAUCAAAGCAAAUGACCCAGAUAAAUAUUUAGUGUUUUAUGCCACAGUUGUAAAUGAAACAGCACAUCUGAUCGCACAGUGGAUGUCAGUGGGAUUUGCACAUGGUGUGUGCAACACAGACAACUUCAGUCUCCUGUCCAUCACUAUCGACUAUGGGCCCUUUGGCUUCAUGGAGUCAUACAACCCUAACUUUGUCCCAAACACUUCUGAUGAUGAGGGCAGAUACAGGAUCGGAGCUCAGGCCAACGUGGGUCUGUUUAACCUGGAGAAGCUGCUGGUGUCUCUGAGUCCAGUGCUUUCUCAAAAACAGCAGAAAGAGGCUAAACAUAUUUUAAAAGGAUAUGUAGAUAUUUACCAGAUGAGGAUUCACCAACUUUUCAAAGCCAAACUUGGCCUUCUUGGUGAGGAAACGAAUGAUGGUUUCCUUAUCGCCUUCCUGCUUCAGAUGAUGGAGGACACACAGAGUGACUUCACUAUGACCUUCAGGCAGCUCAGUGAAGCGUCUGCAGAUCAGCUUCACAGCAGGGACUUCACACAGUUGUGGGCUCUUGAGGACCUUUCAUUGCACUUGCAUUUCUCUGAAUGGCUCAGCACAUACCUGCUUCGCCUCAACAGGCAGGAAAAUGAAGAUGUGGAUCGUCAACACAGGAUGCAAAGUGUAAAUCCUCGGUACGUUCUGAGGAACUGGAUGGCCGAGUCAGCUAUACAGAAAGCUGAGAUGAAUGAUUUUUCAGAGGUGGAGCUGCUGCACCAUGUCCUAUCGUUUCCCUUUGUUACACAAGAGACUGCAGAGGAGGCGGGCUAUGCAGCACGACCUCCACAGUGGGCUAAAGGGUUAAAAGUCAGCUGUUCCUCUUGAGUGCAUGGACUAAUGUGUAUUUUAGUCUGGUGUUUCAUAUUUGAAUCAGAGGUUUUUUUUCCAAAAUGAUAUAUGAACUGAAGGAGACAGAGUAACUCAAAUCUUACUACUAUUAUAAUGAUAUUUGUAUCAGAAAACCACAUUAUGACAGUUGUAUUUUAGUACGUAAGAUACACAUGUACUUUGCCGCCGAAUUAAAGAUAAUGCGACUU